GUCCACGUUCGGACGACAACCCGAGAGAACUGUUUGCAAGAUCGAACAAGAAUUGCACGAUGAAGAUCUGCGUGGCCACCGCUCUGUCUUUCGCCCUCCUUCUGGGUAACUCUGUCAAGCUCCGAGCUUCCGUUACUGGGCCGGUUCCCUCGGACGGUGAUGGUCCUGCGUCUCAGGUGUGUCAGCAGUGCUGCCAGGGACCUGCUGCAAUACCCGGCAUACCAGGUCUGCCUGGCCCAGUAGGACCGAUUGGGCCGUACGGUCAGCCGGGGUCAAAGGGCGCUGCAGGUCAGCAAGGUGAGAUUGGCCCUAUUGGACCUAUGGGUGAGCGGGGAGCACCUGGGAACACUGGGUCUAAAGGUGAUGAUGGGAUUGGUCUGCCUGGCAAGAUAGGUCCGAGAGGGCUACCUGGUUUUGUUGGAGGAACUGGGGAAACUGGUGUCAAAGGUCAGAAGGGUGAGCCAGGGGAGACACCAGACGACUCCAACAAGCGGGUGGCAUUCACCGUGGUGAGGACGAGCGACUCGGAUGUAUCUACAAGUUCCGACACCCCAUUGCCCUUCCAGCAGACCGAGACGCUUCUGCCGGGUACCAGCUUCGAUCUCGAGACCGGCACGUUCACAUGUGGUGUGCCGGGCACCUAUGUAUUUGCGUUUUCUGUUCUUAAGUAUAGCAACAGCGGUGGCCUUCACAUCCAUCUUGUUAAAAACGACUACAAGGUGAUCACUACCUAUGGUGAAUCAAAUCAACGUGGUCAGUUGUCUGGUAGCGCGGUGAUGGUCCUGCAGCGAGGAGACACGGUGUAUCUUACAAUUACCGGCAGGGCGCGUAGUGAUUCCACCUAUCACUUAACCUCAUUCAGUGGCUUCCUCCUUUUCUCCGAAUAAAUGUAUAAUUAAAUAAAUAAAAUCAAAUCACAACGCAUAAAUAUACAGGCGCAGUGCUGCAUUGUUUUGGUUUCGCUUUCCAUUUUGCCAAAACAGUAUUAACCAAUGAAUUAAAAGAAAAAUGUUCAAUGUCAUCAUGAUAAGAAAGAUAAUUGAUUCUUAAUACAAAGCAUUUUACAGUAUUGUUUAGUAUCAAAACUGCUUAAAAACAGUUAAUUAAAAAGAAGUUAAAUAUAUGACUUUUGAAAAAGAAGGUUUUAGCUGCGUUUGAAAAACACUUCAAAUUCAUUAUUUCUUUGCUCAAAUAACGUGGAAAUCUGCACGUUCACUAUAUGCCUUGCCAGGCUUUGGACGAACUUUAGGAAGGUUAAACUGAACCC